CCAUUCAUGCGAGCCUUUCCUUCUCAUUCUCUGCACAUAUUUAUCAUUCUUGGUACACCCCCAUCAUGAAGGUCACGAUUCUUCACUUGGUAUUCUUCCUGACCACCGCGGCAGCCAUCGCAAUUCCCACCAAGACAGCCGUGGCCACAACCUCCGCCCAGACCCCCACCGCAUUCAACACUACCAACAUUCAACCGCCGAAAGGGGGCGAUCAAGACCAUGACCAAGACAUCGAGAAAGGCGACCUCAAACCCUGGGAACACCGGUUCUGUUCCAUGAGACACCAUUACAGAACGAAAUCGGCACAUCAUAAGAUGAAGCAUCCCGCACCUCCAGAGGAAUAUACCAAGGGCAAAAAGGCGCCAAAUUGGCAGCGUUGCAAGAAACAUUUUGAAAAGCAUAUGCCGCCCAUGAAGAUGGAGUCACUUAGAAGUCUAGCAGACACGAACGGCACACGCGCAUCUUCAGCGCAAGGGUACGAGGGACACAAGGGUCAUAAGAGUCACGAAGAUCAUGGCUCGUGCUUUAAGAAGUGCGUCGGUUUCAAGAUGCCUUUCCUCUCGAAGCUGAUACCUGAGGGCGUGAUGGAACCUAUCUGUGAGGGUAUUUGUGGAUGCAAGGGUUCUGAGCAAUGUAAGGGUAAGGACACCGGAGGGAAGGAGACGCCCCCGGAGGAGAGUCCCCCCGAGGAAAGUCCCCCGGAGGAGAGCCCCCCAGAGAAGAACCACCCGGAGAACAACCUACCUGUUCCGUAUCAGGGCAUGAACGAGAUGCAUGGAUGGAAGGAAUGGAUCGCGAAAGAAAAGGAGAUUGAGCCGGCUAAGGGUGGAAGAGAUAUUUCUACCAGAUCCGUGGGAGAGGUCUCGACGGCAUUUGUAUGA